CAAAAUUAGGUCAAAUAUUUCUGUCAGCCAAUCAAAUGUCAACCCACUUGGUUCGAAAUCUGUGUGAUGAAAAUGGAGGGUAUGCCAAUAAUGUAGAAAAUAACAAUGUCACAUACGCCAUUGAGAAAAGCAGUAUCUAAGAGAUUCCUGGAAACUUUCAGUGAAUCUGACAGUGAAACCAUGGAUAAACCAUCACCAAAGACUGUGAAAUUUAGCGACCAUGCAGUUGAGACUUCUUUUGGUGGAACACAAACCCUAGCCAAGCUGAAAGGCCCAGAUGGGCAGAAAUCUUCAUCAUCUAAAAAGAAAACUGGAAUAACUCCAACACGCACCUCUACGAGCAGUCUUCCAUCCACCCUGGCCCCCCAAGGGACUGGCAGGGGUCCAUUACCAACUACAGCAUUUUUGAAAACAUCGCGGUCACGCAGCUCCUUUGACUCAGCCACGGAGUCUAGUUCUCAGAAAGUGCUGACACCUACCAAGAAGACAUCUUUGCCAGAGACCUUCAAGACUCCACUGAGAAGAAUAACUUUAGAGAACAGAGUUGUUGGAACUCCAGAUGUUCUUAUGAGCUCUAGGAAGGAUGACCUGCAGGUACCUGCCACAAAGUUACCCCGUAGAUCCAGCCUGUCUGCCCUAGAGAACUCUGGCGAGGAUAGCUGUGGGGUCACUGUAGCCGUCAGGGUGAGGCCAUUUAACGCCAGAGAACUUGCAGAUGAUAAGGUACGGUGUGUAGUCAAAAUGGAUGAAAACGAGACCAUAGUGACCCAGGAGAACGGACAGGUCAACAAUUUCACAUACGACUUCUCAUUCUGGUCCUUUGACCAAAUACAGGGAGAGUUUGCCAGUCAGGAGUACAUAUACAAUGUCCUGGCCCAGCCCCUGCUGGGGAAGGCAUUGGAGGGGUACAACACGUGCCUGUUUGCAUACGGACAGACUGGCAGUGGGAAAAGCUACAGCAUCAUGGGCCAUGGUGAAGACAUUGGAAUCAUCCCAAGAUUUAGUGAAGAACUCUUUGUCAGAAUGCAGGAUAUGAAAGAAGUCAGCGUGAAUGUGGAAAUUGGUUUCUAUGAGAUCUACAACGAAAGAAUUCAUGAUCUUCUGACAUCACAAACUACCAAGGACAUGGGAGAAAAAAGACCUGGUUUGAAAGUAAGAGAGCACCCUGUGUUAGGUCCUUAUGUGGAGGGCCUCUCAUCUCACGUGGUCAACUCUUAUGAAGAUAUACAGGGCUGGAUUAACCUUGGCAACAAGCAGAGAGCCACUGCUGCCACGGGGAUGAACGACAAGAGCAGCAGGUCCCAUUCUGUGUUCACCAUUGUCAUGACACAAACCAGG